AUGCCUAUUGAGGCAGCAAAAAUCCAAACAAUCGGAAUCAUGCACAUAUUGACUGUAAAUGCGAUCAAGAGGCAUAGAUUGCAAAACAGUACUUCGUUCAUAAAAAUCUUGUUCAGGAAGCCUGCUAUUGCUGAGUAUAUUCCCUUCUGCCCAGGAUUUACGCCUAAAAGUCUAGUAUGCACCUUUCGAUCAACUGCCAUCAUGCACAUCCCGAUAAUGAUCGAUAAACACAAAUUCUUAUAA